AUUCAGAACUUGUAAUGGUGACAGUGACACAACACUGUCAUGUUUGAAACACAAAGAAGUAAUAAAACACUUGAAUGAAUCUAUGUUGAACAAUCUCACUCACUGUUUGUUAAAAAGGAACAAGAUUUAGUAGUACAUUAUAAAAAAUUGAACUUUAAAAAUUUCAAGCUGGAUUAGGAAGAUGGAAAGAAGAGAAAAAGGUUUGAAGAAAAGGGAAGAAGAAGAUGAUGAAGGAUUGAUAAAAAUGGUAGAAAAGUUGAAACUUGUUGGGAAGAGAGAAGGAAGAGGAAGAUCUUCAACCCCACCACCCACUUGGAGACUUGUUGAUUCUCAACACAAUGUUAACACUGUUGUUCAGCAAGAAUUUCUCAACUUUCCCUCCUCAGAAACACUCUCUGCAAGAAAACUUUGUGCCAAACUAUGGGAAUUUCAUUCUCACCAGCCAGCAUCUGCUAGGGACUCGAGAAGACGUGUUCAAGCAUCGUCUGUUCAGCACCGUAGAUCAAUUAACAGAAAUGGUUCUUCUCGACAGUCUGUGUCCCCUAGUAGUUGUCGUCGCUUGAUGGAAGAUCCGUCAAAUAUGGCCGUAGUGAAAGCUCUGGUAAUGGAACUAGGUUUUUCUCAAACACAGGUAAAAGAGUUAUUGCAACAAAAAAAUGAGACUAAGCAGGAAAUGGAGAACUUAAUGAAGCAAAUAACAGAAGACAAACUUGUUAACAAGAACAAAGAACAUGAAAAGAUCAAAGCCAUAGUUCAAUCAGUCAAGGAAGAGAUUGAUGUUGAAAGGAGGUUAAGAAAGCAUUCAGAAAGCCUGUACCAGAAGUUGGCUAGUGAGCUUUCUGAAGUGAAGUCUUCGUUCCGUGGUACUCUGAGAGAUCUUGAAAGAGAGAAAAAAGCAAGGAUCCUUUUGGAGAAUUUAUGUGAUGAUUUUGCCAAAGGAGUGAGAGAUUAUGAACAUGAACUACGAUCUAUUAGGCACAAAGCUAAUAACGGUCAUGUUAAAGGCGAAAGCCUUGAUCGGCUAAUACUUCAUAUUUCGGAAGCCUGGCUUGAUGAGCGCACGCAAAUGAAGCUAGUUCAAGAUGGUUGUGGUAGCAAUCUCCCACGUACACAUUCAAUUGUCGAUAAGUUACGCAUUGAUAUUGAAACAGUUCUUCGUGCAAAACGAUCUAUUGACUUAAAGAGAAAUAAUAAUGCAUCCAUUAAAGAGCAUAAGGAGAUCCGCCCUCGCCUAUCUUCAUUGGAUUCCUUUCCACUAAAGGAGACAAUACAUUCACCUCAUAAUUUUACCGAGGAAGAUUCUGUUAGUACCGACAUUUUUGAACAGAAAAGGACUUCUGACAAAGGACAUACCAAGUGUUUUGUUGAGGGGAAAUCAAGUGACAUUGGAAGAUACAAGACAAAUCUAUUAAAUACUCCUAGUCCUAUGGUAUCAACUUUGUCUGAGACAAUUCAAGGUCCACCAGAACAUGAUAGAGGCAAGACCAAGAGAAUUACUUCAGGCCACAGCCUAGUUGGAAACAGUUCCAUGUCAUCAGAAGGUGAUAAGGUAUAUCCUGAGACCAUUUGCAGGGAAGAUUCUUGUGUUAAUUCUGCAGUUAAAGUUAAUGGUAGUCCUGUUAAACAGUGGAAAACUACAUUGAUUGUACCAGAUUUUAACAAGUCUCAUUACAAAUUACCUAGAGGAGUAAAAGAUAAUUCAUUUAUGGCAAAACUGCUUGAAGCAAGGUUAGAGGAACAUAAAUCUUGCUCUAAGACUAGCAAAUGCUAUUUUUGAUCAAGUAAAACAAGUUUAUGAUGAGAGAACAUUGGAAUUAUCUUUGUAGACCAUAUGGUUGUAAUUGUGUCACACUCUGAGGGACUACAUAUUUAUAUCACUAAUUUUAGAAUUAAAUUUUUGUAGACGAGAUUCUUAUUGUAACUAGAACUUCGACCCGCGUGGUGCACGGGUCUAAUUAACCGUAAUAUGAAAUAAUAAAAAUACGAUAGAAAUUUUUUAAUACUAAAGAUAUAUAAAAA